AGAAGCAGCGCAGCAAAAGUGAAGGCGUCCUCUUCCUUUAUCUCCCGAGGCUGGAGGAGGAUUAUUCAAACUUCCUGCGUUGUGUUCUUUCGCCUGCAAGUAAAGCGACUUCCAUCCUGCAACAACUGCCUUUUUUUAUUCCCUCCACAUUUGAGCACAGAUUAAUAUGCUCUUGAUCCAUUUGUGUCACAGCAUCACUGCUCCCCUCAGAAGGUUCUGUGAUGUUGGACUGGAGGUUUUCGUGCGUGGUGGUGCAGGCGGCGGCGUGGCUGCUGCUCAGCCAGGGGGAGAAGACGUGCCCCGCCAGUUGUCGCUGCGAAGGCAAGCUGGUCUACUGCGAGUCGGGGAUUUUCCGAGACAUCCCGGACAACAUCACGGCGGGAUGCCAAGGUCUUUCUCUGCGUUAUAACAACCUGCUGAUUCUGACGCCGUACCAGUUUGCACACCUCAACCAGCUGGUCUGGCUCUACCUGGACCACAAUUCCAUCAGUGCUGUGGAUGUUUUAGCCUUCCACGGCGUCAGGAGGCUCAAAGAACUCAUCCUCAGCUCCAAUAAGAUAAGCGACUUGCACAACAACACGUUUAGCGCCGUCCCAAACCUGCGGAAUCUGGAUUUAUCCUACAACAAGCUUCAGUCCCUGCAGCCAGGACAUUUGUUUGGCCUGCGCAAGCUGCAAGAUCUACACCUUCGAUCCAAUGGAUUGAAACAGGUUGUUGUCCGUACCUUUCUGGAAUGCCGUAGCCUGGAGUUCCUGGAUUUGGGUUACAACCGCCUGCGGAGCCUCACUCGAACAACCUUUUUAGGACUCUUCCGGCUCAAAGAGCUUCAUUUGGAGCACAAUCAGUUUUCAAGGAUUAAUUUCUACAUUUUCCCACGGCUCACCAACCUGCAGGCUCUUUAUUUGCAAUGGAACCGCAUCCGAACCAUAAGUCAAGGCGUACCGUGGACCUGGCUCAAGUUGCAGAAACUGGACCUCUCAGGGAACGACAUCCAAACGUUGGACCCCGCCGUUUUCCGGUCCAUGCCGAACUUGCAAACGCUCAAUCUGGAAUCCAACAAGCUGAGGAGCGUGCCCGUGGAAGCCGUGUUGGCGUGGUCUUCGGUGACCACCGUCAGCCUGGCUGGGAACUCCUGGGACUGUAGGCCCAGCAUAUGCCCGCUGAUAGGAUGGCUGAGAACCUUGAGGGAUGCCAAGGACAUCAGCAUGAUAUGCAGCAGUCCUAAAUCGGUGCAAGGGGAAAAGGUUUUGGACGUAGUGGCCAACCACUCCACGUGUGUUGACAUAUUUAACGUCUUAACCACCACUGCUCUCAUUAUUCUGACUUCAAACCCAUUUGUGGAGAACACAUCUCACCUUCCCCUCCUGAGUGUCAGCCAACUGGAUCAUAGUGAGUCACCAGUGCAGACAUCUCCACCUUCAGCUCAAUGGCCUAACCAGACAGACAUACAGACAGUGAAGGCCACAGCCAUUAGCUCGUCAUCCCCAGAACCUUCCACCUCGUCCUUCCCGGAGAUACCGUUUGAGCAUAUGGCUUUCCAUAAAAUCAUCGCGGGCAGCGUAGCCUUGUUUUUGUCAGUGUCAUUGAUCCUCCUGGUUAUUUAUGUUUCAUGGAGGCACUACCCUAACACCAUAAAGCAGUUGCAGGAGCACUCAGUCAAACACAAGCGCAGGAAAAAAAGCCGGAGGCAGGAGCAGGACCUUAAUUCUCAAUUGCAAGAGUACUAUCUGAGCUACCAUUCAAACUCUGAGACCAUGGACUCGCUGGCCAACGAGACAAGGCCGUGCACAUGCACUAUAUCAGGAUCCAUAGAAUGUGAAGUAUGAGAGCUGCGCUCCUCGUUAAGAGACCAUACGGGACGGCUUUUUCAUUAGAUGAGUGAUUUUUCUUUUUUUAAAGAAAUGGCUUCACGGGACGAAAGUGUUUGCCGGAUAUACAGCAACUAGAAAUGUGAGGAAAGAGCUCAUUAUCCUUCGACACAUGGAGUGUCAGCCAGGACACCCACGGAGGACUCAAACUGACCAGAAGUCAGCUUUGUACAUAGCUUGACCCUUUUGGUAAUCACCUGUAUCAUUAUCCCACAUGGAAACCAACAGAGACGGGGUUUUUUUUACUUAUGGAUUUAUAUAGUGCAAAGUAUUUAUGAUCCCGGUGCAUCGUCGAGUAUAGAAAUGUGUGUGCGUGGGAAGCGAGCGGGCCGAGAGAAGGAUUAGAAGAGUUCCAGGCUGUUAACGAUUGGCACUGUUCAGCAUUUGUCAUACCAGUGCGGCAAUUACAGGAAUCAUUAUCAUGUCAAAUUGGGGGAAACAAACACACGUAUCAUUUUUUGCAUGGCCUCGUCCUCUUGAUGAAUGAUUCACAUUCUGUCUUGUUUACUUUUAAAUCUACCUUGUGAAUCACCCUGGGUUGGACCAAAGACUCAAAACAAAACAAAUGGGUCUACCAAAACAUUAUGACCACUUGCACAAGGGAAUGAGCCGAUACAAGAGAGAUCUCUGUAUUGAUAGACACUUUAAUGAGCAUUAGGGGCCUGAUCUACUGAAGGUUGGCAAACAUGUGUGUUAAAAGGUGCAAACUUGAUAGCGGGCACAUAGCUUACCUCGCUUAUGUGAUCUCUUAAAGCAGGGCUGUCAAACUCAAAUACAGAGUGGGCCAAAAUGUCAAAGUGAACAAAUUUUUUGAACAAAUGAACCUUUUAAUAGGGACCCAAACAAGUUUUGCAUUGAAUAUUGAACAAGCAAGGCUUAUAUAACUUUAUAGUUUAAAAUAAUAAUAAUAAUAAUAAUAAUUAAAGGGGAACAUUAUCACAAUUUCAGAAGGGUUAAAACCAUUAAAAAUCAGUUUCCAGUGGCUUAUUUUAUUUUUCGAAGUUUUUUUCAAAAUUUUACCCAUCACGCAAUAUCCCUAAAAAAAGCUUCAAAGUGCCUGAUUUUAACCAUCGUUAU